AUGACAGAACAGACAUCAGAGCCGAGAGAAACUGAAGGAAUUCAACAUCUCACGGGGAUCAAGCUUGUCAUGUUAGUUAGUGCUGUGACCCUCGUCAACUUCCUGACUUUACUUGAUUUGACAAUUAUUGUCACAGCUAUUCCAUCUAUUACUUCCCAAUUUCACUCCCUAGAAGACCUGGGAUGGUAUGGUAGUGCAUAUCAGAUCUCUGGGGCCUGCCUUCAACCUCUAUGCGGCAAGAUAUAUACCCAUUUUAGCUCAAAGUGGACGUAUCUUGGCUUCCUCUUCAUCUUUGGGUUGGCCUCACUGCUCUGUGGGAUAGCAACUUCUUCUAAGAUGCUGAUUAUUGCUCGAGCAAUAUCUGGUCUAGGGUCAGCUGGACUGAACAGUGGCGCCUUGACUAUAAUUUCAACUUCUGUUCCUCCGCAAAAGUCACCCCCGCUGAUUGGGGCCAUGAUGGGCAGUCAGUACUAUUACCCUAAAGCAAGAGUUGACCAGCAAUACUCCACAACAGGCUUUUAUAUCAACAUUCCUCUUGGAGUUAUUGCUGUAUUGCUCACAGUCUUCCUCCAUAUACCCGACCAUACUACUGAUUUACCUCGUGAAUCUGCAGGCCGGACCAUUCUCCAUAAGCUUGAUCUUGUUGGUUUUAUUUUAUUUGCUCCAACUUCCAUCCAACUUCUCCUCGCGCUUGACUAUGGUGGAAGGCAAUAUAGCUGGAAUAGUGCGACUGUGGUCGGGCUUUUCUGUGGCGCUAGCGGUGCAUUUAUCAUUUUCCUACUUUGGGAGUAUCACAAAGGACAUAAUGCUAUGAUUCCUCUUUCGAUGAUAUCCCAGGUAACUGUUUGGUCAAGCUGUCUAAUGUUAAUGAGCCUCUUUGGUAUGACUGUCUCUGAGUCAUAUUAUCUUCCAAUUUAUUUCCAGGCUAUCAAAAACAACUCUCCUAUGAUGAGCGGAGUCUAUAUGCUGCCCAGUAUCCUUUCGCAGUUGGUGUUUGCAAUCUUAUCCGGGGUUUCAAGUGAGUCUUACUUAAUUCACCUCUCCCUCUUGCCUGCGAUAAAUGAAUUGAUGCUGACUUAUGGUUUAGUUGGAAAAUUUGGGUACUAUUGGCCAUGGGGCAUUUUCUGCGCAGUGGCUACCGCUAUCGGCAACGGUUUGAUGUCAACAUGGAACCCCUAUACAUCCACGGCAGAAUGGGUCGGACAUCAAAUUUUAGUUGGGGUUGGCAGAGGUGCAGGCUUUCAAUUGCCCAUCAUCGCGAUCCAAAACACACUCCUACCUAGUCAAAUCCCCGUUGCUAUGUCUGUACUUAUGUUUGCUCAGACACUGUCGGGUGCGGUGUGGCUUACGAUUGCGGAUUUGAUUUUCUCAAGUGGGCUGAAGACUCUGUUGUCCAAAUUCGUGCCUGGUAUCAAUACUCAAACCAUCAUAAACAGCGGUGCGACUGGCAUUCGGAACAUCGUGUUUAGUCAAGACCUGAUUGCUGUUCUUAAAGCCUACUCUGAGAGCGUGGAUCAUGUCUUCUACAUGACCGCUGCACUUGGAGCAUGCUGUAUUUUAUUUGUUCCCGGAAUGGGAUGGAAGGAUAUUCGGCAAAAGGCAUCUUCUCAAACGUUGUCUUAG